AUGAGAUCAAGUCUAGUUAUUUUAUCCCUAUGGAUAUUCAUCAGUAUUGAAGCUACGACACAGGAUGUGUGUCCUGAGCCCCCAAAAAUAGAGAAUGCACAAAUUUCUCGAGACUCCGUUAAAUCCAACUACAGUAAUGGUGAUGAAAUAGACUACAGCUGCAAUAAUGGCUACGUCUCUCUGCGGAAAAUCACCUACAUGUGUAGAAAUAAAAAAUGGUCUCAACAUCGUUCUGCAGAGUGUACACUCAAACGCUGUGAACUGCCAGCAGAUAUUCCAAACGGCCAUUAUACUAUUAUAAAUGGAAAUAGCUUUGUCGUAGGAUCUACCAUCAAGUACACCUGCGAAGAUGGCUACCAGAUGAUGAAUCGAAUUUUUACCAGAACGUGUCGGCCGGGCGGAUGGGACAAUCAGUUACCCGUGUGUGAAGAGGUAUCCUGCGCUGCAGACGUGCCCUCAGACAAAUUCCUCAAAAUGGAAGGACUUCCUGAUUAUGGAGAUUUAAUUCGACACGGACACAGAUUGCAAUUUUCAUGUACUGAACAGGGGUAUGCUUUAAAGGGACCAAAAGAAAUUACCUGCCAGUCAAAUGGAGAAUGGGACGAAAAAUUCCCUCAUUGUGAAGAGAUAACAUGUAAACUUAAUGAGACAAAGGACUUUGGAGACAAAGUUGAGCGAAUCUCUGAUCAUGUGGGUCUCAUCAAACCUGGACACCAAAUAAAACUGUCAUGCGUUGAACAAGGGAUGAUUAUAAGAGACAAGAGACCAAUCAUCUGCCAGGAAAAUGGAGAAUGGAACAUCCCAUUUCCAAAAUGUGAAGAGGCAAAGUGUGUUGCAAAUAUCACAAACAUGAUCAUAGACAGACGACCUAAUCCUGGGGUUAUAGAACAAAAACCUGGUGAAACGAUAAAGGUUUCUUGCCAUCAGGAAUUUGUUUUAGAAGGAAAAAAGGACAUCACUUGUCAGGAAGAUGGAGAAUGGAGCAGUCAGUUUCCUUCAUGUGUAGCGACUACAUGCGAGCCACCUCCAACCUUGAGCCAUCUGAAUGCAGAUACAAAACUUUUCCUGGAUUCAAAAAAAACUAAAUAUAGUUUAGAGGAGAAAGUUGAAUACGCCUGCUUUCAAACAUACAUAAUGGAGGGGGACCCAUUCGUGAUCUGUAAGCAAGGCACCUGGAGAGAACAGUUUAAGUGUAUACCACCGUGUUUGGCGUCUGUAGAAAAAAUGGAUAAAAGGAACAUAGAAUUAAAGAAAGGUGGAAGAGAAAGAAUGUACUGUCCACAUAUGGAUCAUAUCACCUUUGUGUGUCAGAAGGGCACAUAUAAGAAAGGAAACAGUGUUCAAUUCAGACAACAGUGUCUAUAUGCACAUUGUUUGGCGUCUGUAGAAGAAAUGGAUAAAAGGAACAUGCAAUUAUGGAAAGGUGGAAGCACAAGAAUGUACUGUCCACACAUGGAUCUCAUCUUUGUGUGUAAGUGGGGCACAUAUAAAUAA